CUUUCAUCCGCGAGACACACGCUCGCUCACACACACCCAGGGGCCGGGGCGGCUGAGCACCCCAGCCGCGCCUCACUCCUCCUGGGCUCUGCAGAAGACUGGGAUCCAGCCUCCAUCCUCACGGCUGCCUUUCCCUGAGAGCCGGGCUGGCGAGCGAUUUCUGCCAGCCGAUGAAGUGAUUUAUGAGCAUUACACAGCCCCGGUUCCUGCCAUACAGGUCACUGAAGCAUCAGAAAUCAAGACACCCAGAGGGAGAGGGACACAGGCGGCGCAGACGGCUGUGCUGCGGACUGGAGCAUGCCCAGGUUUCACCGCUGCUCACCUGCUCUUGCACCUCGAAGUCCAUAGCCAGGUGGGGAGGCAGAGAGAGACUCCCCUGUAUUUGCAGAGCCGAUACCAGCUGUAUCUGGCGCAAGCAGGUCUGCUGGCCAUGGGCAACCUGAUAAAGGUAUUGGGCAAAGAUUUAGAAAACUGUCCUCAUUUUUUCCUGGAUUUUGAAAAUGCUCAGCCCACAGAAGCCGAGACAGCUGUGUGGAACCAGGUCAACGCAGUGCUAGAGGAGGCACAGACAAUCCUGGCUGAACUGCAGUCCUACACGGGGGCUGGCCUGGAGAUUAGAGAGGCAAUCCAAAAUCCCAAUGACCUCCAGCUACAGGAGAAGGCCUGGAACGCCGUGUGCCCUCUAGUGGCAAAGCUGAAACGCUUCUAUGAGUUCUCUCUUCGACUGGAGAACGCUCUGCGCAGCUUGCUGGAGGCACUGACCAGCCCACCCUAUGCCCCGACUCAGCACCUGGAGAGAGAACAAGCCCUAGCAAAGCAGUUUGCAGAAAUCCUACACUUCACCCUCACCUUCGACGAGUUCAAGAUGACCAACCCUGCCAUCCAGAAUGAUUUUAGCUACUACAGAAGAACCCUCAGCCGAAAUCGCAUUAACAAUUUACAGUUGGAUGCCGAGAGUGAUGUUAACAAUGAAAUGGCCAACAGGAUGUCUCUCUUCUACGCAGAGGCCACGCCUAUGCUUAAAACUCUAAGCAACGCCACAACCAAGUUUGUUUCAGAGAACAAGACCCUCCCCAUUGAGGACACAACUGACUGUCUAAGCACCAUGGCCUGUGUCUGCAGGGUGAUGCUGGAGACCCCGGAAUACAGGAGCCGGUUCACUAACACCGAGACCCUUCUCUUCUGCAUGCGAGUGAUGGUUGGAGUCAUCAUCCUCUAUGAUCAUGUUCACCCCGUGGGGGCUUUCGCAAAGACCUCCAAAAUCGAUAUGAAAGGAUGCAUCAAAGUCUUGAAAGAUCAGCCUUCAACCAGCACAGAGGGGCUCCUGAACGCACUGAGGUACACCACUCGGCACCUCAACGACGACACCACAUCCAAGCAGAUCCGGGCCCUGCUGCAGUGAGAGUCUCGAGAGCAGUGGGGUGGGGGCGGGAUCUGUCCCGCUGGGGCCUGGAGGCUUCACUUAGAACUGUCAGCAGAAAAUUUUAAAAGUUGCCAUGUUGCUAUAAAUAACCAUGAUCAUAUUCCUCAUUUUGUAAAGAAAGGGAAAAGGGUUUAAAAAGAUAAAAAGACAGAAAUACAAGAACAAACUAAGCAGCCCACAAAUCCGCCCUCUCCAGCGUUCCCCUCCUCCCUCCCUCCCUCCAAAAAAGAUCAGUGUCCAACUCUGACAGGCUGUGUGUCACCCACUCCGUGUGUCUCCGUUCCCCCGCCCCAUCGGUGGUGACGUGACAUGCCCAGUUCUUAGCCUGCCUGAGCUUGGGCUGGGGGCUAGGAGAUGGAAGCCCGGGAGCAGGGGAGUGUCCCCAUGGUUCCCACAGGGGUACAGUGUAGGGUCACUUUAUCUGGACUAUGCCCCCCAAGUGUGAAGGGAGGGGUCCAGGGCAGGGCUAGCAGGAAGCCUCCCUUCCUGACAGAUGUAAAUAAUGUGCGUGAAUCGCUCCAAGGGUCCGGCUGUGACGAUGAUAAUGAUGAUGAAGAAGAAGAAAAAGGCAUCAUCUUUAAAUCCUCUCGCACUGAGUCCAUUGAAAAUAGCUCAGUGGUACCUUUUAGAUUUUUAAUAUAAAAAUUAAAAUCCACUCACCUGUUAUUUUGUACAUUUUUGUGUGAAAUAAAAUAAAAUUUAAUCUCUUUAUUGCCCGA